AUGGCGAAGGUUUUCUUUUCCGAUCUCAAGACUGGGCGGUGCUCAUCCGUUGUGGAGGCGAGACUGCUUCGAUUUUGGGAGGCUAGGAACGUUAAGCGAGGUGGAGAGCUAAUGUGGAUGGAUCUGCUCAUGGUUUUGGUUCCUUCGACUGUGAUGCAAUUCACGAUCAGUGCUGGCCGUCUCCCACAGUUCCGGGAAAAGCUACAUGCCGGGACAAUGUUUUCCGUGUCCGAGGAAGCAUUCCGGUUCCGUAACCACUCGGAGCUGAUUGGUCUUGCCAAUACGAACACUCAGCUACCAGACAUCAUAGGUGAGAUAUUGAGUGUAAAGAGCACGGUUUGCGAUCCUCCGGAGAAGAAGAAUCGUGUUAUGGUGACUCUGAAGCUGGAUAGUGAUGAGACUGUCACUUUAAGCUUAUUUGACUCUCAGGCUGUUGCUUUCCAUAUACAGCUUGAGGCUAUGAGGGUUGAUCCAAAGGUCAUGGUCGUCACUAGCAUAAAUCCCAAGAUUAUCGGAUGUCGUCUGUUUCUUAACGCUAUGUCGGGAACACACGUGUAUUUUGAUAAGAAGACUGAAGCAGGAGCUGCUCUAUUCUACAGGCUGGUCGCCAGAGACACCGGUCUGCCGUCGGCCGCUCCACUGCUAAAGUCAUAUGCGAAGGUGGAAACUAUGACCAUCGCUGACCUCAGCAGUUUCAUCGUUUCUGCUGCAUCUCAGGAGAUUGAUUUUCUGUGCACUGGGAGGGUUGUCCGGAUUGACACAGGUAAGGGGUGGUGUUAUGUUGCUUGCUCGAAAUGCAGUAAAAAAUUGCAGCGGACUGAGACUGCAUUCACGUGUGGAGUGUGCAACAAUCCACAAGCUGUUGGAGCCCUACGCUAUCGUGUGGAGAUGGCAAUAUCUGAUGAUACUGCGGAAGGAAUAUUCGUAUGGUUCGAUGGUGUAUUAACGAAGCUGCAUAGUAUCCGAGCAAGCGAAGCUGCACAAAUGCUGGCUGAAGACGGUGUGAACACUGAGGACACUAGGUUACCCCCGUUCAUUGCAGACAUGGAAGGAAAAACGUACACUUUCCAAGGAGAUGAUGACGACGACGAUGAUGAUGAUGCCAGUCCGACCAUCGAGCCAUCAACUGCUGCAGGUGAUCAAGGUGGAACCAGUAAGGCGCGUAAGAAGACUGGCGCAGGGGCGUCAAAGGUGGUGAAGAAGGCACGUGCUGGUUGA